CCCCGAGCCGGUCGCCUCCACCUUCACGCGCGCGGCUUUCGCGCAUGUGCAGUAGGCAGUGGCGCGAGCCUGAGGCCUCUGGCCGAAGAAAAUGAUGCAAGCGGAAGCAAGCCCUAGUGCUUCCCUUAUUGACAGAACCAUCAGGAUGCGAAAAGAAGCAGAAGCUAGAAAAGUGGUUUUAGCCUGGGGACUCCUAAAUGUAUCUGUGGCUGGAAUGAUAUAUACUGAAAUGACUGGAAAAUUGAUUAGUUCCUAUUAUAAUGUGACGUACUGGCCCCUCUGGUAUAUUGAGUUGGCCCUUGCAUCUCUCUUUAGCCUAAAUGCUUUAUUUGAUUUUUGGAGAUAUUUUAAAUAUACUGUGACACCAACAAGUCUAGUCGUUAGCCCUGGACAGCAAACACUUUUAGGGUUGAAAACAACUGCUGUGCAAACGACUCCUCCACAUGAUCUGGCCCCAAACCAAGGCCCCUCCUGUCUGCUGCCUUCACCCUCUAUUCAGGGUCAGAGUGUGUUGAGUUAUAGCCCGUCUCGUUCUCCCAGUGCCAGCCCCAAGUUCACUACCAGCUGCAUAACUGGAUACAGUCCUCAGCUCCAAAGCCUGUCAUCAGGUAACAGUGGUUCCUACAGCCCAGGACUGACCUACUCACCCGUUAGUGGUUACAAUAAGUUGGGAAGCUUUAGCCCCUCUCCUACUUCUCCAUACCCUGCCUCAGUUGGACCUGUGGAGACCAGCGGACUGAGAUCUCGCUAUCGUUCUUCACCCACCAUCUACAAAUCCCCUACUGACAAGGGAGACUAUAUGACAGAUCUGCGGACUCUGGAUAUUUUUUUGAGAUUUGAAGAGGAGAAGCAGCACAGAGUUAAAUUGGGGAGUCCAGAUUCUACCUCACCUUCCACUAGUCCUACCUUCUGGAACUACAAUCGUUCUGUGGGAGACUAUGCACAGACUUUGAAGAAGUUUCAGUAUCAGCUUGCCUGUAGAUCGCAGACCCCAUCUGCUAACAAAGAUGAAGCCGAUCUCAGCUCUAAACAAGCAGCAGAGGAGGUUUGGGGAAAAGUGACUAUGAAUAGACAUCUAAAUGAUAAUAUAGAUUCAUGGACAGCUAAAUUCAGAAAUUGGGUCAACGAGACCAUAUUAGUGCCACUUGUACAAGAGAUUGAGUCUGUCAGCACGCAGAUGAGGCGAAUGGGUUGUCCGGAACUACAGAUAGGAGAAGCCAGCAUAACCAGCUUGAAGCAAGCUGCUCUAGUCAAAGCUCCUCUCAUUCCAACUCUGAACAAAAUCGUGCAAUACCUCGACCUUACACCCAACCAGGAAUACUUGUGUGAAAGGAUCAAAGAACUUUCUCAGGGAGGCUGUAUGAGCUCUUUUCGAUGGAACAGAGGCGGAGAUUUCAAGGGACGCAAGUGGGAUACCGACCUACCCACAGACUCUGCUAUCAUCAUGCAUGUAUUUUGCACCUACCUUGAUUCCAGAUUGCCUCCACAUCCUAAGUAUCCCGAUGGGAAAACAUUUACUUCUCAGCACUUUUUCCAGGCACCAAAUAAACCAGACAUGUCAAAUGAAAAUGUUGUCUGCAUCUCUCAGAGUGUUAUCAACCCUCCCCAUUACGAGCUGGUCUACCAGAGCCACACCUACAGUCUUCCGAAGGGCCGAAAUAAUUUGUUUCAUACAUUAUUAAUGUUCCUCUAUGUUAUUAAGACCAAAGAGUCAGGAAUGCUUGGGAGAGUUAACCUGGGACUGUCUGGUGUGAACAUUUUGUGGAUUUUUGGCGAGUAGUAAGGCAAUUAAUUCCAGACAUUUGAAUUUGAAUUUGACUGGACCAGAAGUUGGAGCUAAGAACGUCUGAGUCACUGGUUCUUCUGAAAUAAGAUUUCUGUAUGUGUUUGUUAAAAACUCCAGAUUGAACCAAAA